AUGGAUCAACCAUCUAAAUCUACUGUUGAUAAUGAUAUCACAUCUACGAUCAAUAAAAUAAUAGACCUGAUAAAAUCAAAUUCAAAAAAGGAUAUAAAAAUCAUUAAAAUUGAUAAAGAUCAUUCAAUAAAGAAAUCAAUAGAUAAAAUAUUAAAUCAAUUAUCUAAAUCACCAGUAGUAGUUACUGGAUAUGCAAAUAGUAUUCAAAAAUUAAUAUCAAUAGUUGAAAUAGUUAAACAAAAGCAAAAAGAAUCUAAAAAAGUGAUACAUCAAUACAAUCUACUACAACAAUAUAAAACAACUUUUAAUCCAUACAAAAAAUCAAAACAUUUUAAUGGUGUUGAAAUAAUUGAUUUAUCAUCUCAAUUAAAAGAAAAAACAACUAAUGAUAUAACUAAAGAAAUAGUUAAAUUAAAUAAAGAAGCAGAAGUUGAAAUAAAAGGUGAAAAAGAAUAUAAAUUACCUGUCUUGUUGGUUCUACUAUCUACAAAUGAUGAUAUAAAAUCUUAUUUAAAUGAAGAUUGGACUAUACAACAAUAA